GAGAGAGGAUUUUCAAAGAGGAGGUUUUUAAAAGAGAGUAGGCAGUGAUGUAGGUUUACGACUACGGAUGUUCAUGAACAUCGCACAUCGCCGCCGCCUCUUCCAGCCAUUUCCCUCGCUUCCUAGGCGAUGGCCAUCCGAGCCGUUUUAUCUCGCGUAAAAAUUGCAUCUUUUCCCUCAUGCUCUUCCCCCUUCAGACUUGCGCAGAUCAUCUUUCCAGCGAGUGCCUUGCAGAGACAGAUAUGCCUUCUUCCUCGUCUUUCGUUAAUCGAUUCGCCGGUGGCAUUAUCUGCAGAAGGCACGGGAGAUCUGGGUUUGAGGCGCCACUACCACGACGGGAGACCGAGAGGUCCCCUUUGGAGGGGUAAGAAGAUGAUAGGCAAGGAGGCGCUGUUCGCCAUCCUGGGGCUCAAGAGGUUCAAGGAUGAUGACGAGAAACUAGAAAAGUUCAUCAAAACACAUGUCCUUCGGCUACUUAAGAUGGACAAGAUCGCCGUCCUUACCGAGCUCGAGCGCCAGGGGGAGGUUGAUUUGGCGGUCAAGAUGUUUCAUGUUAUAAGGAAGGAGGAUUGGUACAAACCAGAUGUGUAUAUGUACAAGGAUUUGAUUGUUUCUCUGGCAAAAUGUAAGAAAAUGGAGGCAACCAUGGAAAUGUGGGAGAGUAUGCGGAAGGAGAAACUUUUUCCUGAUUUCCGAACAUAUGCUGAGGUAAUAAGAGGAUUUUUGAGAUAUGGAUCACCUGCAGAUGCGAUGAACAUCUAUGAAGAUAUGAAGAAAUCUCCAGACCCACCAGAAGAAUUGCCUUUCAGGAUACUGCUGAAAGGGCUUCUACCACAUCCCUUGCUUCGGAAUCGAGUAAAACAAGAUUUUGAGGAGCUAUUUCCAGAGAAAAAUAUCUAUGAUCCACCAGAAGAGAUAUUUGGCAUGAAAUGAUGUGAAAAAGAUAAUUAGUUUUAUCCUCCUCUACAUGAUUGCUAAGCAACGCUGUUUUCAUUGUUUGUUUUUGCACAACUGAUUUACACAUUGUAACUUAAAAGAAUGUCUAUUUUUAUGAGGAAAUGCAAUUCUUUCUCCCUAGUUCAUCAGAAAA